GACAGAGCUAAGUAUAGAGCAAGAGCACCGGAACAAUCAUCACACAGGGACACAAGCUACACUAUACGCGGUGAGACUGCGCUAUUGGCCGAUCGACGGCCGUAGCCAGGUAUGGCGCACCCUCUGAAGGUGCGUCCGCUGUUGCAGAGCCAACCCUCCACCAGUGGAAUACUUGAUGGGUGAUUUGCCAGAGGCGCGUGUUACCGAAUCGCGGCCGUUCACGAACGUCGGAAUCGACUACUGCGGCCCAUUCUACGUCAAGGAGAGGAGGGACCGCAACCGACGUAAAAUCAAGACGUGCGCCGCCAUAUUCGUUUGUCUAGCGACAAAGGCGGUCCACAUACAGUUAGUCAGCGACCUAACCACCGACGCCUUCAUGGCCGCGCUACGUCGUUUCAUCUCGCGGCCAGGAUACUGCGCAACGAUUCUCACCGACAACGGCACCAAUUUCGUCGGGGCUAACCGGGAGCUGCAAGAACUCCGGACCCUACUGCAGUCCGACGACCACCAGGAUAGGGUACAGAAUUUUCUCGCCGACCGACAGAUACAAUGGCGUAUUAAUCCUCCGAACACACCACAUUUUGGCGGCUUAUGGGAAGCCGCGGUUAAAGCGUUCAAACGCAUUCUCAUCCACGUUGUCGGCACAGAGCUCCUGACCUUUGAGCACCUCAACACCCUUGUGAUCGAAAUUGAAGCCAUUCUCAAUUCACGCCCACUGACUCCCAUCUCAUCCGAUCCGAAAGAUCCUCCUGUCCUCACUCCCGGUCAUUUUCUAAUCGGUAACACAUUAACCAGUUUACGGGAGCGUGAUUUCAGGACAGUUCCAUCAGGCCGGCUACCCAGUUGGCAGCGCAUUCACCAGAUUAAGCAGCACUUCUGGAGCAGAUGGUAUCGAGAGUACCUAAAUGAACUAACCCGCCGCAACAAAUGGGACAAGGGCAAACAUAACAUUCGUGAAGAAACCAUAGUAAUCCUCAGGGAGGAUAACUUGCCCUCUCUGCAGUGGCCUUUGGGCCGCGAAGUCAAGGUCAACCCAGGAGCCGAUGGAAUCAUCCGGACCGCUAUCGUGCAGACGGCAACCAGCAUCCUGGACCGCGGUGUCAAAAGACUGGUCCCCUUACCCAUCCACUCAGAUCCAGACGAGGCCGAACGUCCACACGGAGCGAAGGAGGUCACCAACGACGCACCUGACUCCACAGCCAGAAUUUGA